AUGGGCCUCCCACUCUACAUCGCGCCUGUCGAGUCCGACGUCCAGGGUAAAUCAUCUCCAAAGAGCCCCGCACAUGCGCGCUCGGCCAUCCGCCGUCUUCGACUUCGCUCUCGAGGUAAUGGGCCUGCACGAGAGCAACAGCGUCGCGUACUCGCCGCCGCGGCCGCCUACGAAGAUGAUUUCACCCUUCCAUCCCUUGUGCUCCAUGACUACGAGGCUCCGAGACCCCCGUCGCCUCCCGCCCCAACCAGGGGCGCAGAGCGCGCUCGCCAGCGCUUGCACGAAAUGUUCGGGAACAGGAUGAACACGAUGGAGGCCCUGGAUGAUCGCGUGGUUGAGCGUUUUGGCGAGCGAUGGGCUGAAUUGCACGCGCGGUCCAACCCUAGUCCUCUGCUCGACACUCAAGGAGACGCCGGCCCGUCUGUCCCUUCCACUCGCCAUCAAGAAAACGCCCCCCAACAACCACUCGCGGGCUAUCAUGCGGUUCCCGGGCACACAGACCUGCCUUCUGAUUUGCCCUCACAUGAGUCGUCUUCACGGAGAUCUCUUCGACGGAUUCCGCGAAGCCCACCUCCUCUGCGACGGGUUCGCAGUCCAGAGUACCUUACACUCGACCGUGCCGGCCGUGCCGGCCGUGCCGACCUUGCACACAGUAUCUUGAGCGAGCCUCGCUCCUCCGAAUAUUCGCAGCAAUCACAACAAAUAGAGCAGCAGCGAAGGCGUUUUGAGAGCCGAUUACUUUCGAGUCUCAGAUCUCGAUACCCCAGCGUCUACUACCCCCCCGCCAAUUUGGAUGGCCUGGGUGACCGCGACCGAAGCCUUAGCCCCGAGGGCGAUGGUGUUUGGGACACACUCCUGACCACGCUGACCCCUGACCCCCAACCACCCAGCGUGGGCUCCUCGUUCGCUUCGACCUCGGCAUCCGCAGCGGCAUCGCAAGGCGCCGCGACCGGAUCCUCCAACACCUCUUUCACUGGGCCAGACCCAGCCGAAGAAUCGCUGUUGGAGCCGCAGUCUGGUUGUGAAAACUCGGACAGCGAGGGCGAGGACGAGGACGAGGACGAUCUGGGUCAGAACACCCUGACCAGGUUUCCCCUUGGACACAGGAGCACCCGCUCCUAUGCGAACGUCGCGGCGCACCAAUCCGGAAAUGACGACACGUUUGAGGUGCUGGGCGGGAUCGGAGGCAUGCAGCGCAUUGUUCGAAACCUGGCGCGAAGGGAAGACAUCCCGGAUGAAUGGUGGGCUGAAGCUGGUCUCAGCCGCACUCUCUCCAGGGACGGCACAGAUUAG